AAAUCAGGCGUUUGCGAAGGGCAGCCUUACCGGGGGUCCUUCUUGGUUUCACCUGGAAAGCAAAGCAGCCAAGAUGGCGACGGCGGCUGCAGCUGUGCUGCGGUUGGGAGUGGCCGCGGCGGGGUUGGGUGGCCGUUUCUCUCACUGGGGAAGAAAAGAAGUUAAUGUAGCAACCAAAGCAGCUCUACACCUUGCCGUACAUCAGAAGCCAUUCCUUUCCUCUGCAGCAUUAUGGAUACCAGUAAGAUCUAUGUUUAUUCAGACACAGGAUACUCCAAACCCAAACAGCUUGAAAUUUAUCCCAGGCAAGCCAGUCUUGGAAGCUAGAACUAUAGAAUUCACUACUCCGGCGUCCACAUAUUGCUCACCCUUAGCCAGACAGCUUUUCAGGAUUGAAGGAGUUAAAAGUGUGUUCUUCGGAACAGACUUCAUCACAGUCACAAAGGAAAAUGAAGAUACUGAUUGGAACUUAAUUAAACCAGAUAUUUAUGCAACCAUAAUGGAUUUCUAUGCCUCUGGAUUACCUGUUAUUACUGAAGAGGCACCUCGUACAGAUACAGCUUCCUCUGAAGAGGAUGACGAAGUUGUCUUAAUGAUAAAAGAACUCCUGGAUACUCGAAUUAGGCCAACCGUCCAGGAAGAUGGUGGUGACGUCAUAUUUAAGGGUUUUGAAGAUGGAAUUGUGCAGUUAAAACUGCAAGGUGCAUGCACUAGCUGCCCCAGUUCCAUCAUAACAUUGAAGAAUGGAAUUCAAAAUAUGCUGCAGUUCUAUAUUCCAGAAGUCGAAGGCGUGGAACAGGUUGUUGAUGAUGAUAAAGAAGAAGCAAACUCAGCCUGAACCAGUGAGUGCUUUGGACUUUAUUUUCCAACUGGCUUUGCCCAAGGCUGUUGAAAGAGGCCAACUUUCAUCACUACCUUUUCCAGACAUUUAGUAGACUGAUUUUAUCACUGGUUCCAAAGAGACAAAGUGAAUAGUGGUCUUGAAAGAAUGACUGUUCAUCUUCUGUUCACUUUUUUUAAGAACCCAAGAAAAAUAUAGAAUUUUGGUUCAAACAAAUGUAGUAUAUUAUGAAAUACGUUGCUUUUCUUGCAGUUUGAUAACAUCUGUUGUGACCUACAGCUGUGUUUUAAAGUUAACAAUGCCAUGAUAAAUAUAAAUGUAGUGUGAAUAGGAGGAGGAGGGGGAGGGAAGAAAUUCCACCUUGAUUGCAUAUUCACAGUGCGGUUAGAAUUUUUUUACUUCAACUGAAAAGCCUAAAUGUGCAGAAAAUUGAUUUACAAUGCUUAACUAACCUUCUGGUGAGUAUAGCAAAGUAAUUAAAAAGUACUAUGGUCCAACUAAAUUUAUGUUAAUCGACUUUAAGAAUGUGCCUCUGGAAGAAUAUGUGCUCCUUACAGGAGAUGGAACUCCUUAGGAAAUCUGCAAGUAGACUUUUCCAUUGAGGGCAAAUGUCAAAUUGUUUUUCCUAAGUGGCCAGGUAUGACAUUUGAGUGAACACCAGAUGGAAAGUUUAGGAUCAGCCCUAGUGAAUUAACUGAUUUGAUAGGGGUUGAAAUCGUUUGAGAAUAUGGCCGUAACAAAAUCUGUGUGCCAUCAGUAAUAUGUAACACAGCAGUAGAAUUCCCACUAGGAUUGAAAAUGCAACAUCUUGUAGUUAAAUUGAAACUCAUAUUUUGAACUACUGUGUUAUCUUUCCCUGAAGAAUAUGUAAAUGUGUAGUGUAUCCCAAAUGAAACAGCUGUUGAUUGGAGUCUUCAAAGUACAUAAAUGGCUGGUGUGUUUUGGAUUUUUUUUCCCCAAGUGAAACUGAAUGACUUAAUUAUGGGCUAUAUCUCUUACUAAGUGGCUGCCCUGUUACAAGACAUAUUAAAUACAAAACACUGUU